AUGCAUCAGAUCGAUGACCGCGACGAUUUUCUUCCACACGUCGCAGCUGGCCUCACGUUCCCCACCUGCAACUUACUAACGACCAACAACCUUUCUGGGGGGUUUGAUGUACUUGGGACACCUUCCUUGCCUCUUACCAUCAUGUCGCCCGACCUCGUCCAUCAUGGCGUCGAGUACACCGUCUCAUCUGAACCUCCCAAAGCACAUCUGCCUGUCGACGAGUUUAGGCUUCGCGGCAUCAAAUAUGUUCGAAUCCAAUGGGUGGAUCUUGUCAAUCAUAUCAAACAUCGCGUCGUUCCGAUAACCUACUUCGAGAAGCUGCUGCAGACGUCGAGGCCUGGCUCAUCGCUGACGAGGGCCACUCUGGGGCUCGUGUUCGUCACCGUUGCUGAAGGUUUCAGUUCCACUGGGGAAUGCUUGUACGCCCUCGACUUAUCGACGCUGAGAUUGUGCCCGUAUGCACCGGGCCAUGCUAGCGUUAUGGGCUGGUUUGAGGAGAAGCAGCCGAGGGCAGGUCUGUCUGGACAUCGGGCACUCGAGAUGGACAUCUGUCCACGGACGAUCCUACGUCGAGUGGUGGAAAAUGCCAAAGAGCUCUCAGGGAUUGAAUUCCUCAUCGGCUUUGAGACCGAAUUUAUCUUGCUCAACAAAAUAUCACCCGUCGAGGCGGUCAACCCGCAUGGGUGGUGCGACUCCAAAGCGCUCCUCUCUGGGAGCACGGAGGCUGUAGUUCUCGAAGAGAUAGCGGAUUGUCUCGCCGCUUCUGGGGUCGAGCUGCAGAUGUAUCACGGAGAAGGAGCACCAGGGCAGUACGAAAUCGUUACGGGCCCUUUAGCCCCGCCGCAGGCGGUCGACGCACUGAUACAUACGCGAGAGACGAUCUACAACGUUGCUAACAAGCACGGACUGACAGCGACUUUGGCGCCACGGAUUUUCCUUGAUAAUUGUGGCAGUGCUACACACGCCCAUAUCUCCGUGCACGCGCCUAGUAACGAAACCCCCGAGCCUUCGUUGCACGCCAACCUCACUACACUCGAAGAACACCUCCUUGCGGGGAUCCUGGCGCACCUGUCCUCCCUUACGCUCCUCCUGAUGCCCACGAGCGCCUCGUACGCCCGCAUGCACGACGGCGUCUGGUCAGGUGGAACCUACGUCUGCUGGGGUACGGACGACAAGGAAGCACCGCUGCGCCUGUGCAACGCUGCCUCGCCUUCCUCACGCAACUUCGAGCUGAAGACGCUUGACGGAACGGCGAACCCAUACCUCGCUAUAGCGGGCGUCCUCUCAGCGGGCUUGGAGGGUGUGCUCGAGGAGCGGGCGCUCACCAUCAAAGAUUGCCAUGGAGAGAAGAGCGCCGCGCUGUUGGGUGACAAGGGGCGGGCAGACCUUGGGAUAACCGAGCGGCUCCCAUUAAGUUGGGAAGAAGCGAGGGUCAAGUUCGAGCAGAGCAGGUGGGUCGACAACGUGUUCGGGAAGGAAUUCAAGACGAAGUACCUCAGUGUCAACAAACUCUUGAAAGAACUUUCAACUGGUGGUCGUACGGAAGAAGAAGCGUUGAGGCUUCUUGUCGAAAAUUAUUGA